CACAAAGCCUGAGACAUACACCACAAAGCCUGAGACAUACACCACAAAGCCUGAAACUUACACUACAGUGGUAACAACAACAUACAAAACUCCAAGGAAGGUGACAACUCCUUCUUCUACAACAACUUCAGAGACCUACACUACAAAGCCAGAGACAUACACCACCAGGCCUGAGACAUACACCACCAAGCCUGAAACCUACACCACCAAGCCUGAGACCUACACCACCAAGCCUGAGACAUACACCACAAAGCCUGAGACAUACACCACAAAGCCUGAGACAUACACCACCAGGCCUGAGACAUACACCACAAAGCCUGAGACAUAUACAACUAAACCAGAAAUAUAUACAACUAAGCCUGAGAUUUCUACAACGGCACCAGAGGAACAAACAACUUUGCCAACUACCUACACAACUGUAACAACUGAAUGUCAGAAGAAGGUGUAUGGCUGCUCCUUCAAGUGUGAGGAGACGUGCCACUGCUACAGGUACAAGAUCACCCAGUGCCAGCGCGACGACCCUAAAGCCUGUGUGCCCACAUGUGGGGAAUGUCCACAAUGUCCUAAAGGCUACAUCAGGAAGGACCUCUACCACUGUGUGAAACCUACAAAGUGUGACUGUAUCACUGAAGAUGGUGUCAUCAUUCCAGCAGGGACAUCUGUUAAGGUCGGCAACUGCAAGGUCUGUACAUGCUACAACAACAAGCUGUCAUGUUCAAAUCUCUGUUCCACUGAACCAGAGCAAACAACUGAAGUGUACACAACCACCAAGCCUGAGACCUACACUACCAAGCCUGAGACCUACACCACCAAGCCUGAGACAUACACCACCAAGCCUGAGACAUACACCACCAAGCCUGAGACAUACACCACCAAGCCUGAGACAUACACCACCAGGCCUGAGACCUACACCACCAAGCCUGAGACAUACACCACCAAGCCUGAGACAUACACCACCAAGCCUGAGACCUACACCACCAGGCCUGAGACCUACACCACAGAGCCAGAGACAUACACCACAAAGCCAGAGACAUACACCACAAAGCCUGAAACCUACACCACAGUUGUUACAACCACAUACAAAACACCAAGGAAGGUUACUACUCCUUCCUCUACAACACGCCCUGAGCAGGUCACCACUAGGCCCGAGACAUACACCACCAGGCCUGAGACAUACACCACCAGGCCUGAGACAUACACCACCAAGCCUGAGACAUACACUACCAAACCAGAGACAUACACCACUAAGCCUGAGACAUACACUACCAAGCCUGAGACAUACACCACCAGGCCUGAGACAUACACUACCAAGCCUGAGACAUACACUACCAAACCAGAGACAUACACCACCAAGCCUGAGACCUACACUACCAAGCCUGAAACAUACACCACCAGACCUGAGACCUCUACAACUGUGCCUGAGAACACAACUCCCUGGUACACCACUGAAAUUACGACCACCUGUAAAAAGAGGGUGUAUGGCUGUGCCUUCCGAUGUGAGGAGACCUGCCACUGCUACAGGUACAAGAUUACACAGUGUAUGUACGGAGACAGGAGUUCUUGUGUGCCAACAUGUGGGCCAUGCCCAGCUUGCCCACCAGGAUAUGUCCGCAAGGAUCAGGACCACUGUGUGAAGCCUACAGAGUGUGGCUGCAUCACUCCUGAUGGACAGAUAGUUCCCGCCAAUACAGAAAAAUAUGUUGAUAAGUGCACCAUCUGCAAGUGCGAGAAUAACAAAAUGACUUGUGAGAAUCUCUGCACAACAACAACAGAGGUAACAACGAAGGUUGUUAGUACCACUGUACCAGAGACCUACACCACCAGGCCAGAGAGCUACACCACUAAGCCUGGGACCUACACCACAAAGCCUGAGUCAUUCACCACAAAGCCUGAAACAUAUACUACAGUGGGGACAACAACAUAUAAAACUCCAAGGAAGGUCACAACUCCCUCUUCUACAACAACAUCAGAGACCUACACUACUGGGCCUGAGACCUACACCACCAGGCCUGAGACAUACACCACCAGGCCUGAGACAUACACCACUAGGCCUGAGACAUACACAACAAAGCCGGAGACCUACACCACCAAGCCUGAGACCUACACCACCAAGCCUGAGACCUACACUACCAAGCCGGGGACCUACACCACCAGGCCUGAGACCUACACCACCAGGCCUGAGACCUACACCACCAGGCCUGAGACCUACACCACCAGGCCUGAGACAUACACCACAAAGCCUGAAUCUUACACAACAGUGGUGACAACAACAUACAAAACUCCAAGGAAGGUGACAACUCCCUCUUCUACAACAACUCCAGAGGCCUACACUACAAAGCCUGAGACCUACACCACCAAGCCUGAGACCUACACCACCAAGCCUGAGACCUACACCACCAAGCCUGAGACAUACACAACUAGGCCUGAAAUGGAAACAACAAUCCCGGAGUCCACAACUCUUCCAUGGGUGACAACAGCUGUUACAACGGAGUGUAAGAAGAGGGUGUAUGGCUGCUCUUUCCGUUGUGAGGAGACCUGCCACUGCUACAGGUACAAGAUUACACAGUGUGUGUACGGUGACAGGAGUUCCUGUGUACCCACCUGUGGUGAGUGCCCUGCAUGUCCCAAGGGAUACAUCAGGAAGGAUCGUGACCACUGUGUCAAACCAACCCAGUGUGACUGCAUCACUGCAGAUGGGGUUAUUGUACCAGCAGGAAAAGUAACCAAGGUUGGAGAAUGCAUGGUAUGUAAGUGUGAGAACAACAACAUGAAGUGUGAGAAUAUCUGUACAACCACAACCACAACCUCAAGGACAACAACACAGGUGCAGACAACACGCCCCGAGACUUAUACAACAAAGCCUGAGACAUACACCACAAAGCCUGAGACCUACACCACCAAGCCUGAGACAUACACUACUAGGCCUGAAAUCUACACCACCGAACCGGAAACUUAUACCACAACUGUCCAGACAACCACUUACAAAACGCCAAGGAAGGUAACAACACCCUCUUCUACAACAACUCCAGAGACAUACACCACAAAGCCAGAGGUUUACACCACCAAGCCAGAGGUGUACACCACCAAGCCAGAAGUGUAUACCACCAAGCCAGAAGUAUACACCACCAAGCCAGAAGUGUACACCACCAAGCCAGAAGUGUACACCACCAAGCCAGAAGUGUACACCACCAAGCCAGAAGUGUACACCACCAAGCCAGAAGUGUACACCACAAAGCCAGAAGUCUUCACAACAGAGAGGACUACUCCUGUAACAUUCACAACUGCAGUCACUACUGAAUGCGACAAGAAGGUCUAUGGAUGUUCCUUCAAAUGCGAGGAGACCUGCCAUUGCUACAGGUUCAAGAUCACCCAGUGUGUGUUUGGUGAUGAGUCAUCCUGUGUUCCUACCUGCGGGGAAUGCCCACCUUGUCCCAAGGGAUACAUCCGCAUGGACAGGAACCGCUGUGUGAAGCCUACUGAGUGUCCAUGUGUCACAGCUGAUGGAACUAUCAUACCACCUGGAACGGUAAAGAAGGUGGAUGAAUGUACCUCCUGUGAGUGCUACAACAACAAAAUGACUUGCAAGAACAUCUGCACAACUACUACCUCAACUGUCACUACACCAAACGUAUAUACCACCAAGCCUGAGACAUACACCACCAAGCCUGAGACCUACACCACAAGGCCUGAGACCUACACCACCAGGCCUGAGACCUACACCACCAGGCCUGAGACCUACACCACCAGGUCAGAAGAGACCACAACUGGCUAUAGAACAGGUCGUAAGGUCACAACACCAGGUCCAGAGGAAACAACACGACCAGAAACCUACACUACCAGGCCAGAAUCAUAUACAACAAGGCCUGAGAGCUAUACAACUAAGCCUACGGUACCUACAACUGCACCAGAAUAUCCAACAACUAAGCCUGUGUAUACAACACAAUGCAAGAAGAGGGUGUAUGGCUGUGCCUUCAAAUGUGACGAGACCUGUCACUGCUAUAGGUACAAGAUCACCCAGUGCCAGUACGGUGAUAGAAGCACGUGUGUUCCAACUUGUGGCGAGUGCCCACAGUGUCCUCCAGGGUAUCUUCGCAAGGACCAGUACCACUGCAUCAAGCCAACAGAGUGUGACUGUAUCACUGAUGGAGGUGUUGUGGUCAAGCUGAAUGUGCAAAGAAGGUGUAUGGUUGUUCCUUCCGUUGUGAGGAAACCUGCCACUGCUACAGGUACAAGAUCACUCAGUGCCAGAGUGGUGACAGGAGUUCAUGUGUGCCCACCUGUGGUGAGUGCCCCGCAUGUCCCAAAGGCUACAUCAGGAAGGACCUGUAUCACUGUGUCAAGCCUACAGAGUGUGACUGUAUCACAGAUGGAAACAUUGUUGUGCCGGCGGGCAAGACAGUUAAAGUUGGGCAGUGUCAGGUGUGCACAUGUUACCAGAACACAUUGACAUGUAGCAACAUGUGCACAACAUCGUCGACAACAGAAGCAACGGCA